AUGCAGAGACGGCAGGGUCCCGAAGACAUCUCGACUUCAGCGGCCGGUGUACCAUCGUCAUCAACGGGAGCGGCACCUUCGGCGGGCGGAGGCGGCGACGUAUCGUUUUGGUCGUCCCUGUCCGUGGUCGACAGCCUCUUCUCCGAUGACCCUCCGACCAGGCUCGGCCAGACGAUGAGCGCCGACCACGCCGGUGCCUUCGGAGGAGCCCCAUCUUCUUCGGCUUCGAACGGCGGCUGGCCUUCGUCGAUGAGCCUUUCGACGUCUUCGGCGCCCACGCACCAGAGCCACCUGCUCCACGCUCUCGGCGGAGGAGCGCAGGGCCAGGGCCAGGGCCAUCUUCAUCAGAUGGGAGGCAGCCACGGCGCGCUUGGCCUGCAGAGGUCGUCCUUCGAUGAAGGCAGCUUCUACUCGUCGCCAUCGGCGUCCCUCUUCUCUUCGUCGCCCAUCCUCUCGCCCCCCACCUCCCCGGCCAUCCAUUCGCUUAUUUACUCUUCAGAGGAAGAUCAUCACGAUGUGCGGUCUCUCGGAGGACUCGGCCUCCAUCAGCAGCACCUCAACAACAAUCACCAUCUCAGCCAUCAUCAUCAACAGCAGCAGCAUCUGCAAGGAGGCGCCGGCGCCUACGCUGGUGGCGGUUUCCACUCCAACGGGCUCCACUCGACCAACGGCGUCGUGACGAGGAAGCACAACUACUCCCUCUACUCCAACGGCGGCGCGGCCGGUUCGCCAUCUUCGGUCCAAUCCGCUGGCGGCAAGUACUCCAACGCGCGUCCUGGCAGCUCGGGCCUGCCCAACGGUGCUGGCCACAAGCACAGCGGCAACUUCGGCAACGGCUACGCAUCAUCUGGAGGCGGGGGCGGCUACCAGCAACAGCAACAGCAGCAGCAGUUCCACGGAGGCGGUGGAUCGGCUGGCGGCCAUUUCCGUGCAUCGCCGCCUCGUUCGCAGCCCAUCCAUGCUCCCGGGCCUCGCGGAUCGUCGGGCCUGGGUGGCAGCGGGGGCUACCCGGCCUCCUCGCCCCCUGCGCGGCUGAGGAACAACGGCGGCCUCGGAUCGAUGCCGCGCUCGUCGCCCCCGCGCAGCCAGCACUCGUACCUCUCGACCGCGCUCAAGGGCUCGAACAACGGCGGCGUGCAGCAGCAGGGCAAGCAGCAGUACGGCAGCGGCAACAUCCCUUCGAUCAGCCUUUACGCGGCCCCGACGGAUGGCAACAAUAUUUGUUUCGACGACGAGGUGGUGGCGCUCUCCCCUCGCGGCUCGGCCUCUGCAGUACUGCAGUCGCCCCGGCUCUCAUCGUCGCCUCUCCUCCACGGGUCGGGCUCGCAGCCCAUCCAGAUCUCGCGCAGCCAGCAGGGCCAAGCGGGCGGCUCUAUGGGUCCUCGCUCGCCCUCGGCACCUUCGGCGUUCGUCGUCUCGACCUCGCCGAUCAGCAGCCAGCUGGGAUCGCUCAAGAUCGAUGAAGCGAGCGAGACCUCGGGCCUCCUGCUGCUGCCGUCGACGACCCUGCUUCGCAUCUUCAGCUACCUCUCGGGCAGCGAUCUCGGCCACCUGGAGCAGGUGUGCAAGCGGCGCAUGGCCUACCUGGCCAACGACGACGGGCUCUGGAAGGAUCUCUACCUGAGACGCUACAAGCUGCUCGAAUCGGCGGAGGGGGCGAUGCUCCCGCCGACGCCCGUCGAUCCCACCAUCGGCGACGAAGAUUCGGAAUCGGACGAAUGGGCCUGGAUCUACUCUCUUCUGCAGCAGAACGAGAGAUGGAAGGACAUCUUCAAGACCCGCUUCUCAGCCGAGCAGUGGCGCAUCGGUUCGCUCAAGAUGUUCAACGGCUGCUGGGGCUUCAUCUCGCAGACGCCCAAUCCCGGCCAACUGCCCGAGCAGACGCUCGACAUCUUCUUCCACCGCAAGGACAUCGCUCCCGACGGCGAGUGGUACGAAGAUUGGUGGCUCAAGGAUACCCCCGGCGUCAGUCGCAGCCAGAAGUGCGGCUACUGGGACACCUUCCUCUGUGGUCGCAUCGUCCGCUACAAGCAGCGCGCCGCGUACGCCCAGGGCCGCCGUCCGCAGGCUUGCAACAUCAGCUUCGUCGGCGAGGAGAGGAGGGACCCCAUCACCGGCGAGCCCCUGCCCGCCCUUCACGACGCCAAGAUCGCCCAGCGGUCGCUCGCCGCCGCGAGAUUCGGCUAA